GUCGCGGCGUCACCGCCGCCGCUGCUGCCGUCGUCGCCGCGCGAAGAGUCGUGCGCGUCUCUUGCCGCGACAACAGUCGGGACGAUGGGGUUAGGCUUUCGAUGGCGCCUCGUGUUCCUUUUGGUCCUUGGCCUGCUGCUCUGGCAGACCUCCAAGAUCUGGCUCGCGUUCCUGGAGGACGGCGCCGCCAUGCCAGAACUUCAGGACCAAGCGGCGACACCAUUGAGCGAAAAGGCUGGACCAGCUUCUCAGAAAGUACAUGCGGCUGUGUAUUACGAAGCGUUAUGCCCGGAUUCGCGUAGUUUCGUUUUAAAACAAUUAAAUCCAACAUAUCAAAAACUCUUGACAAACUUAGAGGUUGAGUUGGUGCCAUAUGGUAAAGCGAAGACGACAAAAACGAGUGAUGGGUAUCAGUUCAUAUGUCAGCACGGACCGAUCGAGUGUCAGGCGAACAUUAUACACGCUUGCUCCAUCGAUGUUAUUAAGGAUCCAUCGGUACAACUGCAAUUUGUGGCCUGCAUGAUCGAGAAUAAUAUUGACCCGAUACGGAUAAUGAAAACGUGCGCCGAGCGAAUACCCGUUGACGUGGAGUCUAUAAAGAAGUGUUCAAACACUGGAAGGGGGCAGGAACUCCUGGCAAAGUACGGAGAAAUGACGAAUUCCCUCGUUCCGCGGGUGUCUUUCAUACCAACAAUUACCCUUGACGGGAGUUCUGAGCAUCAGGUGAGGAUAUUGAAAAACUUACUGAAGGAGGUUUGCCUGCGUUUCAAAGUUCUACCAAAAGAAUGUGUAUCGUGAGAGCACGCAUUGUUCACUGCUAGCAAAACAUAUCUGCAUAAUCAUCGAAUUUUGUUAUGUUACACGAGGUUAAAAAGUCAUGUAUGAAAAAUAUAGUAUUUUUCAAAAAAAAAAUAAAAACUGUUUCUCUGUUUUAUCUCUCGGUAAGACAAUUCUACAUCUUGUGUAAGUUCGUCCGUUAAUUGUUGAAGAGUAAUUAUACGAAAACAAUGCGUAAUUUAUCUCUUCAUAUAGAUGCAUAAUUGCAUGGAAUGAUGCAGUUGUAAAGUUUCUCCGUAGUCGUGUAUCGUAAGAGAUAGUUUUUCCGUCACGUCAGAUACACUUGGCUGUUUUUGUCAGGGAGAUAAAAUCGCUUGUAUUAUAGAUAAACACCAGUUUGCUCCCAUAUAAGUAUAUAGGAACAAUUUAUUAACUUAAUAUCAACACUUUAUACAAACUGUGCCGCUUUAUUUAUGUACGACAAGAAGUGAAGAACGCCUUUGAGAUACGGCAGAGAAUAUACUUACAUACACUAGAAACAAUUUUCGAAUUAGAAGUUCUGAGAAAUUAAGGAGCGUUAAAAUCGAAUGACUACAAUUGGUUAAAGUAAUAAAAAAGAAAAGAGCUCUAUGCUCGAAAUAAUCUGAUUAAAAAAAAAGUAUUUCCUCAUUUUGCAACGUACAACGUUCUCACUUUGUUUAUAGCGCAACGAAUUUGUUUAUUUAAAAAAUUGCUAUUAGCAUAAUUGAACGAAAACUCACUUCGUCGAUCAAUUUUACGUUUUUUCAUAUGUACACAUCGAAAUAAAUACAACGUUUGAUAAAAGCAGGAUGUGUCUUGGUACCUCCGCAAAUACGGUAUAAACGAUUUUUUUUUAAGAACAACAACGUGUAUUUCAAUAACAAAGAUCGAGGGGACGCUAAAUUAAAUAUUAGAAGAGCUAACGCUUCAAUAUUAUUCAGUAAAGAUUUGGCAUUGCCUCGAUGUUAACGUUCACAACAAGAGCUUCCAUGCGCCACUCUUUCUUUCGCUCGCUUUCUCUUUCUUUCUAUCUAUCUAUCUAUCCUCGGCGCGCGAAAAUUCUUUCAAUAAAUAGAUUUUGCGAUACGGAUAUAAAAUUACUAUUAUAUUAAAUACUGGAAUAGAGUCUUUGUAACGUAAGAGACUUAAUCGCUAGGUAUCAGUGUUCGAUGAAACGAAGCGGAUUUGGAAGCAUUUAGAUACAGAUGCCUGUCGAAUACUAACGAUCACUUUUACAAAACGAGUGUGUUGACAAAUCUUUCUCAUUCUUAAUAAAGAGUGUAAGUGUGGAAAUAUACUUCAGGACACAGAAUAACCACAGUUUACAAAUAGAUCCAAUGUGUGCUUUUUUUUUCUCUCCCCCUAUUUUUUUUUCGGGUGUUUAAUGGGGAGCGAGAGUUCCUAAUUACAAUUAAUACCGUACUUUCUUGUAACCUAUAUCUAUUCUUCUCAAAAGUUUUCGAGGGUAGCGAGAAAAGUCAGAGAUAUGUAAAGUGGAUCCUGUUCACAAAGACACAAUGAAAUAUUCU